AUGGCUGCUACUACUGAGACUAUGAAGAAAGGCUCUCUGACCAUUGCUGGAUCAGGCAUUGCCAGUAUCAAGCAUAUGACUCUUGAGACGGUGUCCCACAUCAAAGAGGCCGAGAAGGUCUACUACAUCGUCACCGACCCUGCGACGGAGGCGUACAUCAAGGAUAAUGCUGUCGGAGCAUGCUUCGACUUGCGCGUCUUCUACGAUACGAACAAGCCUCGUUAUGAAUCAUAUGUCCAGAUGUCCGAGGUCAUGCUGCGAGACGUGAGAGUGGGCCAUUCGGUCCUUGGGAUCUUCUACGGCCACCCAGGUGUCUUUGUAUCGCCCUCUCACAGAGCUAUCGCUAUAGCGAAAGAGGAGGGUUUCCAGGCUCGAAUGCUCCCAGGUAUCUCGGCCGAGGACUACCUGUUCGCCGACAUUGGAUUCGACCCUGCCGCUCAUGGUUGCAUGUCAUACGAAGCCACUGAACUUUUAGUCCGAAACAAGCCAUUGAACACUUCCACGCAUAACAUCAUCUGGCAAGUUGGAGCCCUUGGUGCUGAAGCAAUGGUAUUUGAUAAUGCCAAGUUCAGUUUGCUUGUCGACCGUCUUGAGCAAGACUAUGGUUCCGACCAUAAGGUCGUGCAUUACAUUGGCGCUAUCCUCCCCCAGGCGGAUCCAACUGUCGAGGCGUAUAUCGUUGCCGACCUUCGCAAGGAGGACGUCGUGAAGCAGUUCAACGCGAUAUCUACGCUGUACAUCCCUCCGCGUGUCGCUGGCAAGUUCUUGGAUGACAUGGCUAAGAAACUCGGAAUCGCCGAUUCUGCAGCCUAUCUGAAGAAUCACUAUCCACAAGCACCGUACACUGGACCCGAGUUUGCCACUGAUCCCGCUUACGGACCUCGCGAGAAGGCUGUCAUCGACCAGAUUGACAACCAUGCUGCGCCAGAGGGACACACGGUCCUCCAUGCUUCGGAUGCACUGAAGAAACUGAAUACUGACCUUGCGCUAUCUCCAAAAUUCCUGGAGGAGUACAAGGAAAACCCGAUGCCGAUCCUUGAAGCGAUGGAUGGUCUCACCAACGAAGAGAAAGCCGCACUUAUGCAAAACCCGCUUGGCGCGACUCAUGAGUUAAUGUGGGCAACCCCAGAUGAGAUAGCCAACGGACGCGCGCUUCCUGUCGUUAACUUUAUGGCGUACGGUGGCUAUGGGGGAUACUAUGGAGGAGGAUGCAGGCCCUGCCCCUGCUGCGUCGUCACGGAUCGAUGGUCUUCAGGAGGGUCAAACAAAUGCAAUAUGGUGAACAAUUUAAAUGUCUGA